AAAGGUGAAGGGACGACGUCACUGUGAGAGCAGGAGACCCGUUAUUUGGGAAGAAACUGGACUGUAAAAAAAGGGCUUAGAACUUGUUUUUUUUUUUGUGAAUUAUUACUAUUUUGAAUGUCCACUGUUUUAACUUCCGUCCCCACAAGACAAGUCCCCCGGACCAGGCAUCUUGGGUCGAGAGACAGCGGAGAGCGCCCCGGUGGGCUUCGGCAGAGACAGCCCUCCGAUCCGGGACAGGGAGCGAGUCGCUGCGGCCGGCCGGGCUUGGUCUCUCCGCCCGGGAGUCGCCCCCUCACGCCCGGGGCCCGGUGACAGCCCGGCGAUGUGUGCAGUGUGAGUGCAGUCUCUGUGCCAAGGGAGCAUGAACUGUCGGGACUGAGCAGGACGCCUCCGCAUGUAGCAGGUACCCCACGCCGAAGUCCUCUCAUUCCCACACGGAAGUCUGGCAGGGCUGGGAUCCACCAGGGCAACUUAUUUUGAAGGUGUCUGUCAGGCAAGGGAGCAGCAGGUCUGGAGUAACUGUGAGAAGAAGACAGCAGUCUGACUGAAGCUGACUGCCUGAAAGCAGAGCUGAAGAACUUUAGAUGUGUAGGUGUGUUCAUGAAAAUCAUGGGAUCAUCCUGAUGGCAGUAGCUGGGAGCUGGGCAGCUGAGAGAAAGGGAACUGGGUGGAACUGAGGUGAUUGACCUGCCUCAAUGCCUUGGACAGUGAGGGAGACAAUAACUGAGUGAAUAAUGGAUAGAGUUCUGUACCACUCUGAGGGGAGACCUGGGAACGCAAGUUGACCUUCUGCACAAUGAGAUGCACAAGGCUAGACAGGUCCUGGAGCUGGAGGGGUCCCUACUGACAUUCUGGCGCAUGGCAGAGCAGACCAGCUCUGUGACCAGCACUGGUCCAUGAGGUCUGCCACUGCGUCCCUGCGACUGAGAUCCAGCAUGUCUCGUGCUUCCUCCACGGCCAAGCGCUACACCUCCACCUACACCAGCCACUAUGGCUCCUACAGUUCCUCCUUGGCGUCGGGCCUGGGCUCCUAUGGAGAGCGGGACAAGCUUUCCUACAAGAGCCCCUCCAGCAGCUACACCCCCUCCAGCUACCUGAGCAUGGGCGCCAGCCGAGCCCGCAACCACAGCACCUCGUCUGAGCCCGACAGGGGGCGCCCCGUGCCCCGCGCUGACAUACUGGGCAGCCGUCGCAGCGAGAGUCUGAGCAGGACCCCCGGCAAGGGCUACAGCUCGGGACUGAGUGGGGGAGGGGGCUACGCCGGCUACAGCUACUCUCCGACCCAGCCCAGCUACCUCCCCACCUCCCCCUCCUCCUCGUCCCGCCUCGGCCUGAGCCGCCGCAAGUCCAUCAGCCAGACGGAUCUGACCCGGGACCUGGCCUCCCUGGGGCUGUCGGACUCCUCCUCCCGGGCCCGGCUGGACGCGGAUGUCCUGAAGGGCUCCUACCGCAGCCGGGGAGGGGAGAUCUCGGACUACAGCAGCUCGCGCUACAGCUACGGCGUGUCGCACAGCUCCACGCAGGAGGGCCUCAGCACCAGCCUCAGGAGCAGCAGCUCGUCCUGGGACAGAGGGCGCACUGGCUCACCCGUCCGGGAGCCCACGAACUCAAAGAGUGCUCAGGGCCUCGUGGGACUGCGGAACCUGGGAAACACAUGUUUCAUGAACUCCAUUCUCCAGUGUCUCAGUAACACUCAACAGCUUCGCGACUACUGUCUGCACAACUCUCACCGCCGGGACCUCAACAACAACAGCCGUACCAACACCGCGCUGAUGGAAGAAUUUGCCAAGCUUAUCCAGACACUGUGGACAUCAACGAGCAGCGAGGCAGUCAGCCCCUCGGAAUUCAAGACCCAGAUUCAGAAAUACGCUCCCAGAUUUGUUGGCUACAACCAGCAGGAUGCUCAGGAGUUUCUCCGGUUCCUGCUUGAUGGGCUGCACAAUGAGGUGAACAGAGUGACGGUCCGGCCCCGGGCCACCAUGGAGGAUCUGGACCAUCUACCAGAUGACGAGAAAGGGAAAAGAAUGUGGAAUAAAUACCUGGAGAGGGAAGAUAGUAGAAUAGUGGAUCUGUUUGUGGGCCAGCUGAAGAGCUCUUUGACCUGCAGUGACUGUGGCUACUGCUCCACCGUGUUCGACCCCUUCUGGGACUUAUCCCUGCCCAUUGCCAAGAAAGGUUAUGGGGAGGUGAGCCUGAUGGACUGCAUGAGACUGUUCACCAAGGAGGACGUCCUGGAUGGAGAUGAGAAGCCAACGUGUUACAGGUGUAAAGCCAGAAGGAAGUGCACAAAAAAGUUCACCAUUCAGAAAUUCCCAAAGAUCUUGGUGCUUCACCUGAAGCGGUUCUCUGAAGCUCGCGUCAGAACCAGCAAGCUGUCCACAUUUGUCAGCUUCCCCCUGAAGGACCUGGACCUCCGAGAAUUUGCCUCUGAAAACAGCAUCCAUGCAGUCUAUAACCUGUAUGCAGUCUCCAAUCACUCUGGCACCACCAUGGGUGGCCACUACACAGCCUACUGUCGCAAUCCCUCCACUGGGGAGUGGCACACUUUCAACGACUCCAGAGUAACGCCAAUGUCCUCCGGCCAAGUCCGCACCAGCGACGCCUACGUGCUGUUCUACGAGCUGUCCACCUCCUCCCGAAUGUGAUGCCCCAAGGGGGGGCAGGGGAGGGUGAGAAAGGGGAGUUGGGGAUGCAGAGAUGGAGUGACGCCCUCUUGGACUGCCAAAACAGAUGAGGGCAUCUUCCACACAGACCAGUCAUGGGCACUGAGGGGCAACUUCCACAUCCGUCCUGGGGGUCUCUGACAGAGCGACAUGAAGAGCAGGCGGCACCCUCACCCCUCUCCGUUUAUCUGCUCAGGCUGGGGGUGCCCCCGCCAGGCAAUAAAAACCCCAAGGCUCCCACUCAGAGCUCCCACUCUAUGCAUUGCAACUACAGCUCUCAUCUGAACUGCACCUACCUUCUUGCUCAAGACCGCCUUUGCUUAAAGGACUCCUUUCGCUUUUGUUUUCUCUCAUUGUUUUGUUUUACUUUGCUCUUCCGUCGGCCAGCAGUGCGGCCAGUCCUCUGGGAAGGAGCUGUGGUAUGUGAGCUGUCCCCCAGGCCUUCAGCUGGGGUUUUUUGAAAACAGCCUAGGAUGAUCUUUUCUCUCCCAGUGUCUUGCAUCCCCCCUCCCUGCAUCCGGAUCUGUGUGAAGGGCUGGGAGGACAGGGCCUGUCUACUCUGUUCUCACUCAGGUGAAGCCCUGUCUGCUGUACUCUCUCAGUGUGGCUGCUAUCGGUUGUUUUAAGUGCUGUGAACUAAAGGGUACUGAAGUGUGAACAUUUCGCCUUUGGUUUCCAUUGUUUUAAUAACAUUGUACAACAUGGAAGGAAUGUUUUAAAAGACUGUGUACAUAUAUUUUAUAUAAUAAGGCAAUAUACCAAUCAAUGAUGCUGAAACUGGAUUAUUUCUCUCAUUUGUGUGAUUUGUGUAGUGUGUGGAAGAGAUUUUUAACAGCACCAGUGGUGCUCACUGCAGGUCUCUCAUGUUUACUCUUGUUGUGGGCGAGGGGACGACACCUGUCUUUGUUGCACCUGUGAUGUAUAAAACUGUUCUGCUGAAGCUCAACACCCCAGCAUGGUGAAAGCAGAGGUUCAAGGAGAGGGAGUGACCUUACAGCCUUUCCCUGUGGUCUCCCUGCUGGGGCAGACGGGCCACUUCUGCAACAGGCGUGCACGCUGGGACAGGGCCGUGAUGCUCUGUGGAAAACUGCUCCAUAAAUCCAGGAAUCCGCAGCUUUGGAUGCUAAACGACAUCGCCAUUUUUUUCACUUCUUUGCACAUUUAGAGAACGUACUGUGGAUCUGGAUGAGUGGCGCUGAUGCUCUGACGCUGUGUGUGUAUGUCUGCAGGCUGUCAGUGCCACACAUGAAAGCAUGAUCCUUCCUUGCACUGACAAUGGACUCUUUCUGCGUGGCUGUGCCUGGCACCCUGGUUCUCCAGUUGCAUCAGUCGAUGGCAGCCCAGUAAACAUUGUCUCAGCACAAAAGCCUACAGACUCACUUCUGUACACAUGCCGUAGAUGCCUUUGAAAUGACAGCUCUGUGUUCUAAGUCUGUCAUACAGCUAGAGUUACCCCGUCCAAAUUCAUGUCUUCUUUAAUUUUAUUUAUGUAAAAGUCUUUCAGUUUUUUUGUCACUGCAGUCAGAUAUAAUGGCAUGCAAUCGUGGCAAAAUGCUCAAAGAAUCAAGUCUCUGAAGGUUUCUGUUGUGCUUUAGAAAUCAUGAAUUAAUGUACUGUUCAAAACUGAUGGAGCAUGCUGGGAAUAGUGUGACAGUGCAGGCUGAGGUGCUGGCUCUCUAAACAGACUAUGCUGAGAGUGGGGGACUGUAAAGGCUUUCUGAUAAUGACACUUGCCAGUUUUAAUUAAAAGGGUCAUCAGUGGCUUUCUACAACGUAGCAUGGCAAAUCCACUCUCCCUCCAUGAUACAAAUCCAGAUGUCUAGCCCAGUUCUGGGGGGAUCCCCAAUGCCUCGGGCUCUGUUGGGGUCUGUAAGCUGCUAAAAUGACUAUUGAUGAAUCAGGUCAGUACUUUUUUAGGUGGAGAAGUCUGGGGACUCUUCAUCUGCAAUGUAGAUAUCAAGAAAUGGUAGCUCUUCAGGACCAGGGUUGAAGACAUCUGACCUAAAUAUGCACACCCAGUGGGCUCUGGGGAAUUAGGAAGGGCAGCAUGCUCAGAGUCCAGCACCUGUUUUGUUGCCUUCCUCAACCCUACAAUAACCUAUAUGAUGAGGUUUGCACUGUGAAGAAGCUGCCAUUGCACAGUCAUGUUGUCUCAUCAGCUCUGUGGUGCUGUGAACCACCUGAAGGUUUACUGCUGUUGGAUUCAACUAAGACGAUUACUUCCAUUUUGCUUUGUCCCUGUUUCACUAUAUAAAACUAUUAAACAUCUAUCAUCCACGUUCCCUUCUUCACUUACCUGCUGAUUUACUGCAGUAAACUUUCAGAAAGCUUCUUUCCGUUUUCCUUUAUCAAGACAAGGGCAGAUGGUUCUGACUGGAGACAUGCAUGCUGUGCUGAAAUGACUCUGCAUUCAUAGUGCUCCAUGCCACACUGACAGAUCUGCCUGGGCUGCCAUCCUUAUGCCAUGGGACAAAAAUGACUUUAUCUGCCACCUAGGCACCGCUCUUUUCCCUCCCACAGGAGUCUGGGAAGAGUAUGACUCCUGUUUUGAAUGGCUUCAUGGAGCUCUCCACAGCUAGAAUGCUUGUGAUUGUGGCGGGUGAUGUUUUCUGGUCAGGAGGAAGACCAGCUUGAGUGGCUGUUGUUACGGUUAUGUCACCUGCAAAUAUAUCCCGAGUGUGUGGUUUGACAUGAGUGAGACUGAAAGUGAAUAACUAUAAUUUAUUGAGAAUGUAAAUAAAAGGCAAAAGCACAA